UCUUGUGUUUCCUUAUUCUACAAUUUUCAAUUCUAACGUUGCAUGCAUUUUGGUAAAAAAUGAUCAUUAAUUUACAACACCAGGUACAGUAGUGUAUGGGUAUUGUGAAGUCCUGGAACUGGAUCAUUCUAUUUUCAGUUGGACUCCAAGGUCAGCGCCCUUGAAGUUGAAACCGAAUAUUUGCUCGUUUAGAUAUUCCUUUUGGAAGUUUAACAGUAUCAAAAGCAGCAGCAAUGGAUGAGACCUUGUUAGUGAGUGAGCCACCAGAGAAGCGGAGGAAAUCAAUGACGGAGGAGGAACCAGAAGUGGUUGACCGAUUCUGCGACCCAACAAAACCGAUAUCCGUCCCCUUUCAGGACGUGUCGGCAGCUGCAUACAAGAUUCGAGGAGGGAUUGAGAGAACCCCUUGUUUGAGAUCGCAGAUGACCCAUCUGUAUGGUAUGAAGAUAUUUUUCAAAAAGGAAUUUCUACAGUACACUGGAAGCUUCAAAGAAAGAGGAGCUCGGUAUGCCCUGGAAAUGUUAAACAAGGACCAGAGAGCGAAGGGUGUGAUAGCAGCUAGUGCAGGAAACCAUGCCUUGGCCCUGGCCUACCAUGGACAGGAGCUUAACAUUCCCAUUACUGUGAUUAUGCCCAAGAUAGCACCACUCAUGAAGAUCCAGGCCUGUACGAAGUUUGGGGCCACCAUUCACAUUGUUGGUGCUAAUUUGGCUGAGUCAAAAAAGUAUGCCACAAAAAUGGGAGAAGAGCAAGGUUUGCUGUACAUAAAUGGGUAUGACCACCCACAUAUUAUCGCUGGACAGGGCACAAUGGGUCUGGAGAUCGUUGAGCAGGUGCCUGACCUUGACGCCUGCAUCAUUCCUGUUGGUGGGGGUGGGCUCAUUUCAGGGGCGGCCCUCGCAAUCAAGAGUCUUAGGCCUAAUGUGACAAUCAUUGGUGUAGAGUCAGAGAAAUGCCCCAGCUUUUCGGAGGCCAUGAAGGCAGGGAAACCUGUAUACACAGAGCUACAUUCCACACUUGCUGAUGGUCUUGCUGUGCCAACGGUUGGUGUCAAUGCAUUUGAAACAGCAAAACAUCUCAUUGACAGGAUGAUAGUUGUAAAAGAGGAGAACAUAGCUUUGGCGAUCCUGCGUCUACUUGAGAUGGAGAAGGCGGUGGUGGAAGGGGCUGGGGCAACGGGGCUAGCUGCAAUUGUAGAGGGGCUUGUACCGGAACUUGCUGGAAAAAAGGUUGUGGUCGCCCUAUGUGGUGGUAACAUAGACACAACGGCCCUGGGUCGUGUCAUUGAGCGUGGACUUGCUGCUGACGGUCGUCUACAGAGGUUUGUGGUCACUGUUAGUGACCGACCCGGGAGCAUCGCAGAACUUACCAAACUCAUAGCCAACCUUGGAGUCAGCUUGAAGGACAUAUUCCAUGAGAGAGCCUGGAUCAAAAGUGACAUAUUUGCUGUUCAGGUGAAGGUUGUGUGUGAGACGCGGGACCAGGAACACAGUCAGGAGCUGCAUGAGGCCCUCAAGUCCCGCUACACACACCUGGUAUGGGGGCCGAGAUACUGAUGGUCGUGUAUAUCAACACAAGUUGGCUCCCAGAUGUUGAUUUGCAUGCAUAUCAACGCUACACACAACUUUUAUAGGGGGCCCCAAUAUUGAGGGGCGUGUAUAUCCACGCAAGUGGGGGCCCAGAUAUUGAGGGACAGGAGGGUGUAAAUCCAUUGAUGCAGGGGUAAAUUGGGUGUAUUUAUUCACGUAUAUGUCACUGCGUCUCAGGUGUGAACGUAGUUACUGUGGUUAUAUACCUAUACUCAAAUGUGCUAUUGUUAUAAAUCGAUUGAAUGUUGUUUAAGUGUAUAUAUAAGUACUAAGGUACUUUGUUUCUCAGCCGUAAGACUGUCAAUUCGCAUUGCAAUUUUGUGAUGUGCUGUUAUUGAUAUUCACCAUAUUAAUUUUGACUACAUUUUCUGUAGACUAGUUUGCUCAUUUUUAACCAGGUUUUCAACGAAAACUGGGUUAUUAGAAUGAGGUUGUGUUGGGCAGGCGGGCGGGCGGGCGUCAAAUAUUGGUUUCUGUUCAAUAACUUUAGUUAGCAUUGAUAGAUGUUGAUGAAACUUGGUGUGUAGGUAGAUUAUGGGAAGAGCUAGCU